AAGUUCAGAGUGUGUGAAAUACUGCAUUGGUGGAAAGUCCAUUUUAUUGUCGCUGUUUUUUUGACGGCGGAAACCAGGGUCCCAAAUAUGAGGCAGAGCCCCAGGUCUUCCUUACUGCGCGCAGGGAGGUGCCCUCCGGCAGUUCGUUGGGAACACCUGUUUGGUGCCAGCCGGACCCGGGAGGCAAAAGGUGCCGCGCUCCCGGUACCACCCCCCGUCUUUCCGGGUGGCAGGACAUUGGAUCCGUCUCGGGAGCAAGUUCCCGGUAGCUCCAGGCGCUGCGUUUGCAGUGACGCUGCUGCGGCCGCUGGCCCCUUUGCUGGGCAGGCGCGGCUCGUGCGUCAGGCUAAGGGAUGCUGAAAGGGACCCGCCCGGAGGAAACAACUGGGAAGUGGUUGCCGGCAGCGUGGACAGCCCCGCAAGGCGCCGCGAGUUCCUCGGGGGAUGCCGGCGGCGCAAGGCCGCGCACCCGCAGCUAUCUCUGAAGGGCACAGAUCAGAAAGCAGCAUGCCUCCUAAUAAAGAGGCCAGCAAUCUUAACACCUCCCCUGCGGGGCUCAUCUGCCUCCCUCCGAUCUCCGAGGAGCUCCAGCUUGUGUGGACCCAAGCCGCCCAGACCAGUGAGCUGGAUGGCAAUGAACACCUGCUACAAACCUUCAGCUACUUUCCCUAUCCCAGCCUAGCAGACAUUGCCCUUCUCUGUCUACGCUAUGGGCUGCAGAUAGAAAAAGUCAAGACCUGGUUCAUGGCCCAGCGCCUGCGCUGUGGCAUCAGCUGGUCAUCUGAAGAAAUAGAAGAGACUCGAGCUCGAGUGGUAUAUCACAGGGACCAACUCCAUUUCAAAUCUCUCCUCUCUUUUACUCAUCAUGCAGGGCGGCCCCCAGAGGAGGUGCCUCCUUCUCCAAUGCCACCUCCAGAACAAGUUAGUCUUGGAAUAGUGCCCCUGACUCUCAGUGAGCCCGCCCAGAUGAAAGGAUUGAAGGUAGAGCCUGAGGAUCCCUCAGAGCCAAUGAGUCACCAGAGAGCAAAGGAGCCUCUGAUGGCACCUGGCAGUGGGGCAUUCUCCCACCAAUCAGGAUUUUGGCAGGAUAUUCAAAGCAGUGAUCUCUCUAAGGAGCAGGCAGGCAGGGGUCCUGACCAAUCACAUGGCCUAGGUACGGCUUCCUGGAACCACUCUACAGCUGUCCACCAGCCACAAGCUCGGGAUAAAGCCCCACCAAUCUCAUUACUUGCCAGUAGUUAUAAGCAGGGGUCAGCAUGUAAUGUGACUCCUUCUUCCUCUACCUCUUCCUCUUUCCAGAUACUGGCUAAUGGAAUUACAGUCACCUCUAAACCCUCCCAGCCACUGGGCUGUCUCCCACAGCCACUGUCACCCAAUGAGCAGGCUCUACCCAUACACGUGGAGCCAGCCUGGCCCCAGAGGCUGAGGCCUAACUCAGUACUAGGCAGCAUUGGCCCUGCAGAGUACCUUUCCCCUGAUACCCAACGCCAGCGAAAGACCAAGCGCAAAACCAAAGAGCAGUUGGCUAUCCUCAAAUCGUUUUUUUUACAGUGUCAAUGGGCACGGCGCGAGGAUUACCAUAAAUUAGAACAGAUUACUGGUUUACCUCGGUCUGAGAUUAUUCAGUGGUUUGGCGACACACGCUAUGCCUUGAAGCAUGGGCAACUAAAAUGGUUUCGGGACAAUGCAGUACCUGGUGCCCCUAGUUUCCAGGAUCCAGCAAUUCCCACACCAUCGCCUUCAACCCGCUCUUUGAAUGAAUGGGCUGAGACACCACCUCUGCCAGUGCCCCCACCUCCACCGGAUAUACAGCCCUUGGAGAGGUACUGGGCAGCCCACCAACAGCUACGGGAAAGCGAUGUCCCUCAACUGAGUGAGGCGUCAAGGCUUAGCAGCCAGCAGGUACUGGAUUGGUUUGAUUCUCGUUUACCUAAGCCAGCUGAGGUGGUGGUUUGUCUAGAUGAAGAGGAGGAAGAGGAGGAGGAAGAACUGCCUGAAGAUGAUGAAGAAGAGGAGGAGGAGGAGGAGGACGAUGACAGCGAUGAUGAUGAUGAUGAUGUGAUCAUACAGGACUGAAUGGGGGCUAUGGGAGGGGCAGUCUUACUAAAAGACGAACCAACUUAGUAACUGUUUAAACAAAGAAACCACAUUUUAAAAAUUACCUUGUGGCAAAGAACUGAAAAGCUUUGUGUUUUUUAAGUUGGGGGAAAGGUGGAUAUUUUGAGGGUGGACCAGGGAGGAUGAGCAUAAGGCACAAAGUGAGGUGGGGAUUGAAUGAGCAGAAAUUUCAGGCCUUAGCUUCAGUGAAGAGUGCUAAGGAUCUGGCCCUUUACCUAUGGGCUGGGCCAAGGCUCUUGUUCUCAUCUGCUUUUCUUUUCCCUUAGUAUACCACAGGGCAGCUACGCCUUAGUCCCACGUCUAUAGGAGGAUUGGAAAGGCGGAGUAAAGAAUUUUGAUUCCAGUGCAUCCCUAGUUCAGGCUUAGGGAAUGUCCGGUCCUGCCAAGGCAAUAGGGGUGAGUUAAUUAAUUAAAUGUUUGACCCAAACAGCAGGCUAAUUUUUAAGUUUAUAAUUUUGUAUGGCCCAAGAAUGACGCUCUAAAUAUCCUAAUGGCCCUUGGCAGAAAAAAGGUUCCCCACCCCUGGCCUAGUCCCACCAUUUUUCCUGGAAUACAAGGCUGCCUUGCACCUCUCCUUUUCUCUGAGCACAAGUCCACCCUUAAUGCAGCUAAGAAUCUCAGUAUGUCCCAGUCUCACAGAUAUUUAAACUCUUCCUCAUACCAACUCCAUGUUUUACCUGCUUCAUCGCUGAGUCGCAGAGGAAGCAGAAUGUUUUUUCUGAUACGGGGACCACUUUGCCUUGUACCUUUUUAUCUCUUUCCAAAAUCCCCAUUCUCUUCACUAUGUCUCAGGGUAAAUCUUCCCCAUGGAGCUUGUGAAAAAGUUUAAUAACUGGGUGGAGAAUAAUUCAGACUGGAUAUUUAUUGGAGGUGGGAAUUAGGAGAGAUGUCUUUUUUAAAAAGUAGAAUUAGGUUACGGAAAGGUAUAGGAGAGGGGAUGGUUUCUACUGUUCGGAGGACUGCAGGUAGGCUCCAGGCUUGGUUUUACAAGCCUGACACCCUCCUGCUUAACUUGGCAGAGGCUGAUUUUUCAUCUUCCUGGUGUUGGUUCAAUUUUGUAUCCGGAAAAGAGACUUUUCCCUCUCUUUAUAGGAUCUGUCUUGAGGGCAGAGGGAUCAUGGUCUUUAACUGAAUUUAUUGAUGUUUAAGAAUGGUUUUCAUCAGUUGGGGGUCAGGUAUAAUGAUAUCAAUGAGUUAACCAUCUAGAAAUAAGAGUGGUAGCCCCAAACUGCUAGAAUAAUAAAAAGGCCAAAAAUAAAAAUUUUUCUCUCUCCUCCA